CAGGGACGUCCGUUGGGAGGCGGGCGCGAAAGGAUGGUUCGGUGUUACCGGCCCCUGGCCUGGGUCUUUCUGUAGGUCGCCUUCACCCAUCCUCCCAGAAACCGCGCGCUGAAUGCGCAUUCGGGCGUUUCCGGCAGGUCUCUUGUAAAGAGUAUAUUGCUGGGCUUUUUACCCUUUUAUCCUGUUUGAAUGUUAUUUUAAUAGCCCACAGGUCCUGCCUCCACAAAGAUAAGACAAAUCUGUGAUGUGAGUAAAAGGAAGCCUGGAGAGCAGGUAUCCAUCAUGGAAGGAGACCUUCUGACCUUAGAAUUCUCCUGGAGGCUGGAGAGGCCUGAGAUAGAGUGGACCCUGGAAUUGCUGGAUCUACAGCUUAUCUUAACCCUUCUGCCCUGAGUGGACAAGCCCUGAAUGACAUCUCAGCCUUCAGAGAUCAGCAGUCGCUGGGUGACAAUGGAGCAUUUAACCCAGAUGAUGGAAAGGAGAGCUUGGCAUUCUCAGGACUCUGGCCUUUUGGAGGAAGAAGAGGAUAUGACCAGGUCUCUUGAAACAGUGACAUUUAAGGAUGUUGCUGUGGACCUCACCCAGGAGGAAUGGCAGCAAAUGAAACCUGCUCAGAGGAACUUGUACCGGGAUGUGAUGCUAGAGAACUACAGCAACCUAGUCACAGUGGGUUAUCAAGUCACCAAACCAGAUGUGAUCUUCAAGUUGGAGCAGGAAGAGGAGCCAUGGGUGGUAGAGGAAGAAAUGCUUGGGAGGCACUGUCCAGUUUGGGAAGUUGAUGAACAGAUCAAGAAGCAACAGGAAACACUUGUGAGGAAAGUCACAUCCAUCUCCAAGAAAACUCUGAUUAAGGAAAAUGUCAUUGAAUGUAAAAGAGUUACAAAAAUAUUUCCUUUGAGCUCAGAUAUUCUUACUUCAAGACAAAACUUCUUUGAAUGUGACUCACUUGAUAAGGGUUUGGAACAUAAUUUAGAUUUACUUAGUUAUGAGAAGAACUGUGUAAGAGAGAAAAACUAUGAAUAUAGUAAGUACGGGAAGCCUUUUUACCAUUGCUCAUCCCAUGUUCUAACCCCCUUUAAGUGUAAUCAGUGUGGACAAGACUUCAGUCAUAAAUUUGACCUCAUCAGACAUGAGAGAAUUCAUGCUGGAGAGAAACCCUAUGAAUGUAAGGAAUGUGGAAAAGCUUUCAGCAGGAAGGAAAAUCUUAUCACACAUCAAAAAAUUCAUACUGGGGAAAAACCAUAUAAAUGUAAUGAAUGUGGAAAAGCUUUCAUUCAGAUGUCAAACCUUAUUAGACACCAGAGAAUUCAUACGGGGGAGAAACCUUAUGCAUGUAAGGAUUGUUGGAAAGCCUUCAGUCAAAAAUCAAAUCUCAUUGAACAUGAGAGAAUUCAUACUGGAGAAAAACCCUAUGAAUGUAAAGAAUGUGGAAAAUCCUUCAGCCAGAAGCAAAACCUUAUUGAGCAUGAGAAAAUUCAUACUGGGGAGAAACCUUAUGCAUGUAAUGAAUGUGGUAGAGCCUUUUCUCGAAUGUCAUCUGUUACUCUACACAUGAGAAGUCACACAGGGGAGAAACCCUAUAAAUGUAAUAAAUGUGGAAAAGCCUUCUCUCAAUGCUCAGUGUUUAUUAUACAUAUGAGAAGUCAUACAGGUGAGAAGCCCUAUGUGUGUAGUGAAUGUGGGAAAGCGUUCUCUCAAAGUUCAUCCCUUACUGUACAUAUGAGAAAUCAUACAGCUGAGAAACCCUAUGAAUGUAAUGAGUGUGGAAAAGCCUUCAGCAGGAAAGAAAAUCUCAUUACACAUCAGAAAAUUCAUACUGGAGAGAAACCAUAUGAAUGUAAUGAAUGUGGGAAAGCUUUUAUUCAGAUGUCAAACCUCAUUAGACACCAGAGAAUUCAUACUGGUGAGAAACCUUAUGCAUGUACAGUAUGUGGGAAAGCCUUUAGUCAGAAAUCAAAUCUCACCGAACAUGAGAAAAUUCAUACUGGAGAGAAACCCUAUCAUUGUAAUCAAUGUGGAAAAGCUUUCAGUCAGAGACAAAAUCUCCUUGAGCAUGAAAAAAUUCAUACUGGAGAAAAACCAUUUAAAUGUAAUGAAUGUGGUAAAGCCUUCUCUCGAAUCUCAUCCCUUACUCUUCAUGUGAGAAGUCAUACAGGGGAGAAACCGUAUGAAUGUAAUAAGUGUGGAAAGGCCUUCUCUCAAUGCUCAUUACUUAUUAUACAUAUGAGAAGUCAUACUGGUGAGAAACCUUUUGAAUGUAAUGAAUGUGGGAAAGCAUUCUCUCAAAGAGCAUCCCUUUCUAUACAUAAGAGAGGGCAUACAGGUGAGAAACACCGAGUGUACUAAAUGAGGGAAGGCCUUUUCUUAAAUUCAACCCAUGCUUUACUUUUGAAACAUAUUGGUGUAAACUUAAAAAAAUGAACAAUAUCUUUAUGGAAAAACUGUAAAGCUUCACUGAAGGGCAUAAGACUUGAAUAAAUCGAGAGAAAUAUCAUAAAUGCAGAUGGAAAAACCCAAUAUCAUAAAAAUGUCAAUUCUCCCAGAAUUAAUCUAUAGACCUAAUAUAGUUCCAAACAUCUAAUACGAAUUUUCUAGGAUCUUUACAAAAUGAUUCUAAAAUUCAUGUGAAAUGGAAAUACCUGGAUUGCCGAGGCAAUUUUGAAAAAGAAGAGAGAGGACACAUCUUCUACCGUAUACUACACAAAAGUUAUGGUCAUUAAAUAGUAUGUGGUAUUGGAGCAUGAAUAGGUAAAUAAACAGAUAUUACAGAAUAGAAUGCCUAGAAAUAAAUCAGUGAAUAUACGUGAAUUUGGUAUAUAUUAGACAUGAUAUCAUAAAUCAGUAGAGAAGUGACAGCCAAUGAAAUUUGUUGGAGUAUUUGGUUCUCCAUAGUAGGGAAAAAAUAACUACAUGCAACCUUACAACAUAUAAAGAAACAGAAUUCCAAAGGAUUUGAACUGGAAUGUGAAAAGCCAAACUGAAGUUCUGGGAAGGAAAUACAGGAUGUUGUAUGACUUUGAGGCAGGGAAGCAUUUCUUAAAAGACAAAAGGACCCUGUAGUUCCAUUUCUGUAUAUUCAUUCUAAAGAAACUCACAAAUACCCAUAAGAAAUAUAUAUAUGAAUUGAAAACAAGCUAAUUAUUGAUGGGGUAAUGGGUAAAUAAAGUGUGAUAUAGUCAAAUAAUGGAGUAGUAUACAGCAGUUAAAAGUAAUAGAGUAGAUCUGUAUUUUGUAACAUGGAUAGUUAUGUAAAACAGUGUAGAGUGAAAAAAAAUCAAGAUCCCUGAAUGAAACAUUGUAUAAUGAAUGACAUUCAUGUAAAUUGAAAUUAAAUCAUAAAGAACAGUACUCUGUUUUUAUUAUUGAAAUAUGUAUGUAUUUAAAAUGGACUGGAGGGGCACCUGGGUGGCUCAGUCGUUAGGCACCUGCCUUCGGCUCAGGACAUGAUCCCAGGGUCCUGGGAUCGAGCCCCACAUCGGGCUCCCUUGCUCCACGGGAAGCCUGCUUCUCCCUCUCCCACUCCCCCUGCUUGUGUUCCCUCUCUCACUGUGUCUCUCUCUGUCAUAUAAAUAAAUAAAAUCUUUAAAAAAUAGUAAUAAUAAAAUUUAAAAUAAAAUAAAAUAAAAUGGACUGGAAGGGUACAUACCAAAUUAUUGUUAGUAUUGUCUCUGGCAAGAGAUUAGGUUUGAAGGUGUUGAUCAAAGGGGGCUUUAGCUUUAUUUGUAAUUUUUAUGCCUUAAAAAGGAAGAUUGAUAGCAUAUAAAAUCUUAAUGAUAUACAGUGGCAAUAUGGAUGUCAUGUCUUAUGGUGUUUUUUGUAGUUAUUUCUUAGAAUUUAUGGGCUAGGGGAAGCCUGUGCCCAUAGAAAGAAUAUUAUGAUGGAUCCAUAUGCCCUAUCAGAUCCUGAACUAUUUUAUCAAAUAUAUUUCCAGAAAAUUAGUAAUUAGAAGUAAUAGUCCUAUUUACUGUAUGUAAUAUGAAAUUAGCAUACUUUAUGAAUCUUAUACUUCUUACAUUUUAACAUUUCUAAAAUACAUAUUCAUCUUUCAACCAAUUAUGUCUUAGAUUUAAGUAAAUAUGUAAUUAUCAAGAAUUUGAAAAUCAGAUGGCAGUGUGAUACAUCAAGUAUGAUUUUAUUUACCAUUUUAGGGCAUCAUGGUCUACUAAUGAUCCCUACUCUCUCAGUGUGUCUCACAUUAUUUGGCAAUAGAUUUGUUGGAUUCAUAACUAACUAAUUAGUAAUGUAUUUAGAGUCAUUGUGGAGAGAAUAAGAUUUUCCUGAGAAACUGACUACGUGACAUUAGUUUUCUUGCCCUGUAAGUUUCCAUACAACCAGGAUAGACAUUAAUAUCAUUUGUUAAUCAUUACAUUUUGAAACGAGAAAGCCUUUUAUUUUCUUGAGAUGGCCAUAAGCAAUUUUGUAACAUAGCUUCACUUUAAACCUACAGAUCAUAUUAUUCCUUUUACAACCCUUAAUUUAUAUGACCUAUCUCAUUUUGGUUGGAAGUGGUAGUGGUCUCAGACUCUGAGCAGUAAUAACAGAGUUCCUCUAAAAGGAUCUCAUUCUCUAUAAUGAUAUAUGAACAAACCCUUACUUCAGGUAAUGUUUUAUUACAGCAUCUCUGCAAUAUUACUUGAUAUACAGAAAACCAUUAGUGCCUUUAUAAAAAGGAGAUUAGAAUUAGGGCUAUUGAUCAAAAGGGAACUUUAGCAAUGAAUGUUUAAAUGUUAACUAAAUUUGUUUGAAGGUGAUUUCACAAAACAAAAUCUCAAACUACAGUUGUGAUAUAUAAGCAUGACUGUAUCAAUUUUGACUUUUAUUAGCUUUUUUAAAAAAGCUUGGGUGCCUGGGUGGCUCAGUUGGUUAAGCGACUGCCUUCGGCUCAGGUCAUGAUCCUGGAGUCCCGGGAUCGAGUCCCGCAUCGGGCUCCCUGCUCGGCAGGGAGUCUGCUUCUCCCUCUGACCCUCCUCCCUCUCAUGCUCUCUGUCUUUCAUUCUCUCUGUCUCAAAUUAAAAAAAAAAAAAAUCUAAAAAAGCUUGACAGUGAUUUAUUACAGUUAUAAAUUGCAGGGACUGAUUUUCAUGAAAACAACAAUUUACCAAAACUUAAGUAUCUAAAUGAGUACUGUCAUUUUAUAGUCUCUUCUUUAGUAGGUUUUAUGCUAAGUCCAAUUUUGCCAGCACACCUAAUUUUUGUAGACUUCUUUUUUAAAAAUUAGUUUUCAAAGUUCAUAUGUUAUCUGCAUAACAAAACCUGUGUUUGAUGAGGAUGUGCAGAAAUUGGAAACCUUGUGCAUUGUUGGUAGGACUGUAAAUUGUACAGCUCCUGAGGAAAACAGUUUGGCAGUUCCUCAAAACGUUAAACUUAAGAUUACCAUAUGAUUCUGCAUUUCUGUACCUAACUAGAAUCCAGAAGAAUUGAAAGCGGGGCUCAAAGUGAUCCUUGUACACCGGUGUUCAUAGCAGCAUAUUCAGAACAGUGAAAAAAUGGCAACAAUCCAAUUGUCCAGCAAUGGAUGAAUGGAUAAACAAAAUGUGAGAUAGACAUACAAUGGAAUAUUAUUCAGCCAUACAAAAGAAUGAAAUUCUGACCCAUACUGCAAUGUAAACGUAAACCUUGGAAUCAUUAUGCUAAGUGAAUUAAGCCAGACUUUUAUGUUCUUUUAUGAAGAAAAAUUGUAUGAUUCCACUUAUAUGAGGUAACUAAAAUAGGCAAAUUCAUAGAGAAAGUAGAAUAAAUAGAGAUUACUAGGGUGGGGAGGAAGAAAUGGAGAGUUAUUGUUCAGUGGGUACAUCAGUUCUGUUGCAGAUGAGAAAAUAGUAAUGAUUAAAUAACAUUAUGAAUGCAUUUAAUGCCACUUGUACACAUAAAAAUUGUUAAAAUGUUAAGUUUUAUGUUAUUUAUAUUUUAACACACAUGCACAUACACAAGUUUAAAAAUACCCUAUUUUGUAAUGCCAACAUCUGAAAUAUUUGAGUCAUUCUCUACUGAUAACGUUUUCUCUUGAUUCUUUCUCACCUUUCCUAUAUUUUUGCUUAUGUAGUAAUUUUGAUUGUAUACUGAACAUUGUGAAUGAUAUGUUGUAGAGAUUCUCAACUUUGUUAUAAUUUUCUCAAGAAUGUUGACUUUUGUCCUAAAAACAGUUACCUUGGCUGGACUUAAAAUCCCAUCU